AUGCUCACCUGGCCCUGCAUGGCAACAGGCAAUGGAGCUGUAGGUCCCGUCGGGAGCGGACCCGCGCCCGGUUCGAGAGGCAGCAGCGGGUGGCAGAGGAGGGAGGGCAAACUGGCAGCCCCUGGCAACCUGGGGCUGACGGCAGGAGGCUGGGCGCACCGCGGGUUUCCCCCCGCCAGCAGGAUGGUGAACCUGGAGUCCGUGCACGCAGCUGUCCCCGAAGGAGAACGUGGCCCUGGGUGUGGUGGCAGCCAUCACUUCAAGGAGAUCAAGAUGAGCGGCGAUGCGGCGGAUUCCACGGACACCCGGCACGAACCCGACCAAGUGGAGCCAGGAAGUGAACAGAAUGGGCUGGACUUUAACAGGCAGAUUAAAACUGAAGACCUCAGUGACUCCUUGCAAUCUACAAUCCCCCCCAGGUCAGGACACCUUGUACAGGGAUCCUCAAUGAUGCCUGGAAGCCAGAUUGCAGGGGAUAUGAGCUCUCUCCACACCCUGCAGCAGCUCGUGUUGCUUCCCGGCCACAUGCAGUCCGUCCCUCAGUUCCUCCUCUCCCAGUCCCAGGCAGGGCAGCAAGCCUUGCAGCCCAACAUCCUUUCCUUCCCCCAGCAGCAGGGCAGCCUUCUCCUCUCCCAGCCAGGACCCAGCCUGGCAUCGCAGGCUGUGGGUCGCUCUGGACUCCCUGGCUCAUCCGUCGAACCUCACCUGGAUGUACCCCAGCACCUGCAAGUGGCCAAGCACCUCACUCCAUCCGGAGCAUCCGAGGAGCCCAGCGACCUGGAGGAGCUCGAGAAGUUUGCUAAGACUUUCAAACAAAGGCGGAUCAAAUUGGGGUUCACACAGGGUGACGUUGGCCUUGCCAUGGGGAAGCUCUAUGGCAACGACUUCAGCCAGACCACCAUUUCUCGCUUCGAGGCUCUCAACCUCAGCUUUAAGAACAUGUGCAAGCUCAAACCUCUGCUGGAGAAGUGGCUGAGUGACGCGGAAUCUGCUCCUUUGGAUUCCUCCAUGAGCACUCCCAGCUCCUACCCCUCCGUGAACGAGAUGUUCGGACGGAAAAGGAAGAAGCGAACCAGCAUUGAGACCAACAUUCGCUCCACGCUGGAGAAAAGAUUCCAAGAUAACCCCAAGCCCAGCUCAGAGGAGAUCUCCUUGAUAGCAGAGCAGCUCUCCAUGGAAAAAGAGGUGGUUCGAGUCUGGUUCUGCAACCGGCGCCAGAAAGAAAAACGGAUCAGCUGCCCAAUGCCAUCCCCCAUCAAAUCGCCCAUCUACAAUUCCAGACUGGUCUCUACCUCAGGGUCCUUGGGGCCCCUCUCUGUCAACCCGGUGCACAGCACCAUGCCUGGGACAGUAACAUCAUCGUGUUCCCCAGGGAACUCCAGCAGGCCUUCAUCCCCUGGCAGUGCCCUCCAUGCCAGCAGCCCCAGCACAGCCCAGAGCAACUCCAAAGCUGCCAUGAACUCGUCCGGUUUCAACUCUUCAGGAUCUUGGUACCGAUGGAACCAACCUACCUACCUCCACUGAGACCACUGCGUCCCGUGUACGAGGAGCUCUGACCUCCAGCUAUGGACCAACUUCUCCAGGAACAAUGCUUGGGGCAACAUCUGGCGGCACGGUGCCUUCCCAGCACUGCCCAAUGAAUGUUAGGGGAAGCCCGAGCAGCAGAACUCCAGGGACUCAGGCUGCAGCUGACCUCCCCGAGGGUCUGAACACCGACAGUGACAUUUUAACUCUCUUCCAUGCAUUCAUUCACUCCAAGAACGAGCCCU